AUGGCGUCCGGUUACGAUCGAGCUCUCUCCGUCUUCAGUCCUGACGGUCACGUCUUCCAGGUCGAAUAUGCGUUGGAGGCUGUCAAGCGAGGAACAUGCGCUGUUGGUGUCAAAGGCUCAGACAUAGUGGUACUUGGAUGUGAGAAGCGAUCAGCAAUGAAGCUGCAAGAUACCCGGAUUACUCCCUCGAAGAUCUGCCUUGUCGAUACCCACGUCGCUCUCGCUUUCGCUGGACUCAACGCCGAUGCCCGCAUCUUGGUCGACAAGGCCCGCCUGGAAGCACAAUCACAUCGCCUCACCGUCGAAGACCCUGUAUCAAUAGAGUACAUUACAAAGUACGUUGCAGGUGUGCAGCAGAGGUACACACAGAGUGGUGGUGUCCGUCCAUUCGGUAUCAGCACGCUUAUAGUCGGCUUCGACCCCAACGACAAGACCCCGCGCCUGUACCAGACGGAGCCCUCUGGUAUCUACUCAGCAUGGAAAGCAAAUGCGAUUGGUCGAUCAAGUAAGACGGUCCGCGAGUUUCUCGAACGCAACCACAAGGAAGGCAUGGACAGGGAGGAGACAAUCAAGCUCACAGUCAAGUCAUUGUUGGAGGUUGUGCAGACGGGCGCAAAGAACAUUGAGAUUGCCAUCAUGGCGCCUGGCAAGCCGAUUGAGAUGUUGCCGGUAGAGGACAUUGAGAAGUAUGUUGACAACAUCAACACGGAGAAGCAGGAGGAGGCGGCAAACAGGAGGCCUGGAAGGCAACCCGGCACAGGACAGGCAGCCAUUCUGACCCGCCAGGCUCCCGGCGAGGGCUCCGGAGCUGGCGGAGCGUAG